GGGAAGAGUGUGGGUGGAGACAGAACAGUGCUGAAGAAAAAAGCAUGAAGAGAGGAAACAUUGCAGGCUCUCAGUAGUCGUGACUGUACAGCCAAACAACAUUCACCUGGAGCCUGGCCAUGAUGCACUGGUUCUCCAAAAUGGAUCUCACGGCUGCCCUGGAAGUCUUUGCAGUUUUUCAGUGGGCACUCAGUGCCUUCGUUAUUGGAAUCACUGUGAUCUUGUGCAACCUCUACCUGGUAGUCUUCACUUCAUAUUGGCCUAUAACUGUGCUCAUUCUCACAUGGCUGGCUUUUGAUUGGAGGACCCCUGAGCGAGGUGGUCGUGAGUUUACCUGUGUUAGGCAUUGGCGCCUAUGGAAAUGGCUUGCUAAUUAUUUCCCUGUUAAGCUUUUGAAGACUCAUGAUAUUCCCCCAACCCAGAACUACAUUCUUGUAUGCCACCCUCAUGGGGUCAUGUCCCAUGCAUGGUUUUCCAACUUUGGCACAGAGAGCACAGGCUUCUCUAAGGUCUUUCCUGGCAUCAGUGCACAUCUUCUCACACUGGGCGCCUUCUUCUGGCUGCCUGUGCUCAGAGACUAUGUCAUGUCUAUAGGGGCCUGCUCUGUGAGCCAAUCAUCUAUGGACUUUCUACUUACUCAUAAAGGCACAGGCAACAUGCUGAUUGUUGUGGUUGGUGGCCUGGCUGAGUGCAAAUACUGCCUGCCAGGCUCUACCACCUUGGUCUUGAAGAACAGGAAUGGCUUUAUACGCAAGGCUCUUCAGCAUGGGGUGGCUAUAAUACCUGCUUAUACCUUUGGGGAGAACGACCUCUAUAAUCAGUACAUUUUCACUCCUGGAGGCUUGGUCAACUGUUUCCAGAUGUGGUUCCAGAGUAAAUUUCACAUUUACCCUUGUGCUUUCUAUGGGCGUGGCUUCACCAAGAACUCCUGGGGCCUUUUGCCCUAUGCUCAUCCUUUAACCACCGUUGUUGGGAAGCCUCUGCCACUGCCCAAGAUUGAGAACCCAAGUGAAGAGAUUGUGGCUAAAUACCAUGCACUAUAUAUUGAUGCCUUAUGCAAACUGUUUGACCAGCAUAAGACCAGAUUUGGCAUCUCAGAAACCCAGAAGCUGGUGUUUAUUUGAAAGAUAUCACCAGAAACCUCUCAGCUGUGCCAGAAGAUGUAAAACAGGUGAAGCAGGAGGACAAACACUCCCACUUCUGAUAUAGCCUAUCUCCAGUCUGAGGGAUGGGUUGAUUCAUUUGGUCCUGUUCUGUACCGUUUUUCCUCUCUCUCUUUCUUCCCGAUUUUCUCUACCUUUUCAUUGGAGGACUAUGAGAGAGAUAUCCCCAAGAGGAAAGGGAAGUCUGAGGAGGGAAAUGCCAAUAUUACAUGUUCUAGCUAAGCACCUGUAUUGAGGAAAACCAUGGUAACAAUAAAAAGUCAAUCUUCUGGUA